AUGGAAAGAACAGACCUUCUCGACCAUACCGGGGGAGAAAUCCUCCGGGAACUCCUCCUCGCCCACGACGUGGACCACAUCUUUGGCUAUAUCGGUGGCGCAGCCCUUCCUCUCUUCGAUUAUCUCUGCAAACCCGGCGCCUCCACCCCUCCGUUCAACUUUAUCCACGUCCAUCAUGAACAAGGCGGCGGCCACAUGGCAGAGGGCUACGCCCGUGCCUCCAAUAAGCCCGGAAUUGUGCUGGUUACCUCUGGCCCCGGCACCUCCAACACUGUGACCCCCAUGCUGGAUGGCCUUCUCGAUGGAACCCCCAUCAUAGUCAUCUGCGGACAGGUGACCACCUCCGCGCAAGGCACGCAAGCUUUUCAAGAGAUCGACGUGCUGUCCCUGGCCCGAUCAUGCACCAAAUGGUGUACCUGUGUGCAAAGCAUUGCCGAUCUGCCCGCCAGCAUCGAUGCAGCCUUUUACCAUGCCACCUCCAACCGACCCGGUCCAACCCUCCUGGCCAUCCCCAAGGACAUUGGCCAAGCUGUAUUCGACACCGCUGCCCUCCACCAGCCCAGCCAUCUCCCUGACUCCAACAGUGACACCAGCAGCGACAGUGACAACAGCAAUACCAGUCGAGCAUCCACCCCAACCCUCAUGUACAACACCGCCACCCACUAUGAUCGCAUCGAGCACAUCGCCGACCUGAUCAACCGCUCCCAACGCCCCGUCAUCUGCGCCGGCAACGGCGUCAUCAACAGCCGCAACGGCCCAGCCCUACUGGCCCAACUCUCCCAACUCUCUCACAUCCCCGUCACCACCACCCUCCUGGGCAUAGGCAGCUUCGACGAGACUCUCCCAGAAGCUCUUCACAUGGUCGGCACCUACGGCACCCCCUACGCCAACCUAGCCAUCCAAUCUGCCGACCUAAUCCUAGCCCUCGGGGCUCGCCUCGACGAGCGCGCCGUCGACAAUCCCAAACUCUACGCCCCAUGCGCCCGCCACCCCCCCUCAGGCCUGGGGGUCAUCUACUUCAACAUCUCCCCCUCCACCGUCGGCAAAGUCAUCCCCCCAACGGAAAUCAUCCCCGGCGACCUCUCCACCACCCUCCCCAUCCUCCUCCCCCACAUCACCCCCAACCCACGCACCCAAUGGCUCCAAACCAUCCACCACUGGAAAACCACCCAGUCCUUACCCACCCCGACCCCAUCCCCAUCCACCCCCAUCACCGCCGAACAAAUCAUCACCACCCUCAAAACCCUCACCCCCAAACAAACCACCACCCUCACCGCCGGCGUCGGCCAACACCAAAUGCACGCCGCCCGAAGCUACACCUUCCCCCUCCACCCCGGAAUCUUCAUCACCUCCGGCAGUCUCGGCACAAUGGGCUUCGGCCUCCCCGCAGCAAUCGGCGCCAAACUCGCCCGCCCAACCCACACCGUCAUCGACAUCGACGGCGACGCAUCCUUCUGCAUGACCAUGGUGGACCUUCUUACUGCGAGCCAGAACAACAUCGCCGUGAAAGUCAUCAUCAUGAAUAACAACGGCCAGGGAAUGAUUCGCCAGUUAAAGAAUCUCACCAAGGAGGAGGAGAAAAUGCAAUGGUGUACGAGACAGGGGAAUCCGGAUUUCGUGGCCCUGGCUGAAAGUAUGGGUGUUCCGGGGAGGGGGUGUGGUGAUGGAGGGAGGUUGGAGGAAGAUAUUAAUUGGUUGUUGGAAUGUUCAGGUCCGGCGGUGUUGGAUGUCAUUACUGAGGAUGGGAUGAGGCCGAUGGUGAAUUUGGGGAAGGGGUUGGAUAGUAUUACUUUUUGAUUCGCGGCGUGGUGGGGAUGAUUCUUUUUCAAUGGGAUGUCAAGGGGGCGACGGGGUUACAUUUGAACUC